GGAGGCGGGGAGAAGCGUCCUGCAAGGGACUCGGUCUUUCCCUUCCCAAAGCAUCUCGCAAGUCUGCGCCACCCAUUUCCCUCCGCACCGAUUUUCUAGCUUCGGAUGCGCUCCUUCAGACGGGUGUUUCCCGGAGAGGGGCAGGGGAGGGACGCGCACAGGUGACCCCCGCGCUCCCCCGCGGGGCGGGGCCGCGUGCGCCGGCCCGAGGAGGCGGAAGUGAGCGCGGCGCCGGAGCGUUUGCCUCGCUGCCCGGUCCCGGGUUCCAGCCCGUGCCCACGGUUCUCCCAUGGAGGGCUUUUGCGAGUCGAAGCUGGACGCCAAGUCGCUGCUUGUGGAUCUUCAGUGGAAACUGGCCAUGGCCGUCAGCUCGGACAGUUGCGGGUCACUUAAGUACCCUUACGUGGCAGUGAUGCUGACAUUGGCGGAUCCCUUUGGCAGAGUCAAGAACAAGUCCUUCGAAAUGACAGUUCCGCAGUUCCAGAAUUUCUACAGACAAUUCAAGCAAAUGGCUGCAGUUAUUGAAACUGUGUGAGACUGGUGGCUGGCUGGUACGUUGCCACGAUCGUUCUAAACUCAUGGACUUCACCUCCUGCGGCUGCCUAAGGAUCCACUAAUGUAUAUUGAAUGAAAACCACACUUUUGUUUCUCCCUUUUUAUUUAAUAAAAAAAUGUGACCAACAGGAAUCAUUGGUGAUGAAUGCACACCUUUGCAAAUGUGCAAAAAAACCACUAAAUUAAACAGUUAGGGGUGGUCAUAACUGAUGGUUUUUGGGAAUUCAUGUAGUGCCAGGGAUUGAACCCAGGCCUCUUGUUUGCCAAGCAUAAGCUCUGCCCUUUGAGGUAUCAGUGUUUCACUGUCAUCCCAUUGUUCAUUGAUUUAGUCAAGCGGGCGCCAGUAACGUCUCCAUUCAUCCCAGCCCUGAGAUUUUAGCAGCCUCUCCUAUUAACCCUUUGAGGUAUCUAGUUUUAAAUUGAAUAGAUUAAAUGAUAAAUUUGGAUGUGAAUUCUGAUCACAAAGGUGAAUCAGACAGGGGCUGGAGCAAUAGCACAGCGGUUAGGGCGUUUGCCUUGCACAUGGCCGACCCGGUUCGAUUCCCAGCAUCCCAUAUGGUCCCCUGAGCACCGCCAGGAGUAAUUCCUGAGUGCAGAGCCAGGAAUAACCCCUGUGCAUCGCCGGGUGUGACUCAAAAAGCAAAAAAUUAAAAUAAAAAAAAGUGAAUCAGACAGUUGAAUGAUAAUGAAAGAACACAAGUUUGUCUUAAGCCAAUAGUUUUAAGACUUCCUGGUCAUGGUCUACAUUUUAAGCAAGCAAAAUCUUAAACAUAGCCCUUUAUAUAAAGUGUGACAAGUGAAGUAGGUAGGAUUUGAUCAGGAUCAUGUUCCUUUACAAUUUCAUAACAUUUACUUUUUUAAUAAAGCAGUCAUAAGAGAGA